GCGGAGGUGAAAAAGAGAGACAGGACGUCUGGAUCGAUUAUGUAUCAGAUGGAGAGAGACGGAGAAGAGGACUGUCUAGACGGAGGAGGGGCAAUUGACAAUGAGUUGCUGUCUGUCUGUGUGUCGCUGUAGGACAUCUCAGGGGACGAUCUUCUAUGUUGUGGCAAAAGCCAAUAGAUCACUGCUUGGUGUGUAUCAGUCUGUGCGGGAGUCUGUCUAUGUGGCUGAGGUGGUGAGCUAUGGUACUUUCUGAGUUGGUGCAUUUCCUGAGGCGACGAGUUCGCGCGCCUGAACCUGAAUCCGAGCACUGCUUACUAGAUAGUGAGCCUACUUGUUGCUCAACCGCCAGAUUGCCAUCACCACAACGACAACACAUCGAUGCUUUGUUAAAGCGAUUGAAGAAGAAACUUGCUUGUGAACCUGAAGAUCGUGCCAAUGGAAUAGAUGACGAAUGCUGUGUGUGUGUGCAGCGGCGUGCAUCAGUUCGAGCCUUUCCUUGCAGUCACAAAGUGUUUUGUCGAAAUUGUGCUGUCCAGUUAAUUGAGUAUGCAAUCAACGAAAACAGAAUGCGGAUGAGCUGCAUAAUAUGUCGCCGUGAUAUCGCAAGGUUGCAAUAUAGUCGACCAUCACGGUCUGCACAAGUUCGCAAGCAACAGGCAUUUCUUGUCGAUAAUGUCAGUAGGAAUAGUACUGCUUCCACUGCUACUUUUACUACUGUUCGUGUUUUGAAUGAUACAAUUUGGUGUAGUCCCGAAGUUUUCCCCAAAUGUUCAUGUCAAACUUUUCCUACGCCUGUUACUCUUUCUCAAUAACUUUUUUUAGAAAUAUAUUUUGUUUUAUGGUGUUCAGAUUUUCGUUUAUUACUUUUGAAACAACCCAUUCAAUCUUUAGAUUAUUCGAAAUGCGUUUGAACAGCAUAUUGCAGAUGUGAAAUGUAAAUUAAUUGUAUUGUAAUGCAUAGGGGUGUUUGAAAUUUCUCAUGGUCGAAAGACUUGUACUUCAAAGUGGUCUUACUGCAUCCGUAACAGUAUAGUAGUAAUAGUGAAGCCAUUUGAACAAGCAGUUGGG